AGUCAAAGUGGAACCGGAAGUCGAGGGGCGGGUCGAAGGAGGCGCGACCUCCAAAGCUCAUGGCGGGGUUGUUACAGGGAUCCGGCCGGUUCAUGCGGCUUCCGGGUGGUCAGCUUAGGCUCCUCUCGCCUCGAGGUUUCGGGGUGUGGGGCCCGGCACCGGGGACCGUGGGCGUCUUCCUGAGGCCACUCUGCGCGCAGCCGGAGAAGGGAUGGCGGGCCUGGGGGCUCCCCCGCGCCUGUCCGGGGUGCCGGCGCCUCAGCUCCGCGAUGCCGCCGCCGCCGGGGGCGCCAGGACCCGAGCCGAAGGGCCGCCGAGACCCCUCCCGCCCCUCGAAACCCGGGCCCGUUUCCUGGAAGUCCUUAGCUGUCACGUUUGCCAUUGGAGGAGCUUUAUUGGCUGGAAUGAAGCUCUUCAAGAAAGAGAAGACGGACAAGCUGGAGAAGGAACGGCAGCGAAGCAUUGGAAAGCCUCUACUUGGGGGACCAUUUUCCCUCGUAACUCAUACCGGAGAGCGCAAAACUGAUAAGGACUAUUUGGGUCAGUGGGUAUUGAUUUAUUUUGGUUUCACUCAUUGCCCUGAUGUUUGUCCAGAAGAACUAGAAAAAAUGAUUCAAGUCGUGGAUGAAAUAGAUGAUAUUCCAACUCUGCCAGAUUUAACUCCACUUUUCAUCACUAUUGACCCAGAGAGGGACACAAAAGAAGCCAUUGCAAAUUAUGUGAAAGAAUUUUCUCCCAAACUGGUUGGUUUGACUGGCACAAAAGAGGAGAUUGAUCAAGUAGCCAGAGCUUACCGAGUGUAUUACAGCCCUGGCCCCAGGGACGAAGAUGAGGACUACAUAGUGGACCAUACCAUAAUAAUGUACUUGAUUGGACCAGAUGGUGAAUUUCUAGAUUAUUUUGGCCAGAACAAGAAGAAUGCAGAAAUAGCUGGUUCCAUCGCUGCACACAUGCGGGAGCACAGGAGGAGGAGCUAGCCAAAGCCGCUGCCCCUGCACUGUUCUCUACUGAAGAGGAAGGAGCUCUGUCUCCCAUAGGAGACCGCUGACAUAUAUGUGCAACCUGCAGGAUGGCCUUCAAACCAUGAGGACAUCUAUGUAUUGGACAGGGCAUGCCACCCUUGGAAUCAGCCAGCGUGGAUUCUUAGAACUUACAGGUUACAACCAAAAGUCUUCCAAAUAGCACCGCAAGACUGAGGACCAAGUUAAUAUGAAGCCAGUAGAGUGGACCUCGGAGAAGGACACAGCCGAGAAGGAGGCAUAGUCCGUGUGUUUCCGGCCGGGCUAGGGCCUGCUCAGUGUUGCUGCCUCUCCUUUGUCUUGGACCCCUGCUCAUGCAGGUUGUGGGGCUGGAUUCCCAGGGAGAGUAUAAUGUCCGCAGUGCUGUUGCUUCCCCUUUGAAUCUGGUGGCUGAUGAAUUAGGCUCGCUGCCAUUCGAAGUUGAUCUUUACACUUGAAAGCUUAUGUGGAGUCGUCCUUGUUAAGAAAUAUCACUGUCAGUUCUGCAUUGCAUUCCCUUCAGCAGGUGCUGGUCUGACUAAUGAAGAGAGAAUCUAUUGUUUGGGGAAAACCAUUAGAUUUGUUUCUUUUGGGAACUUUUAUGUGAAUUUUAGCCAAAUGAUGUGCUAGGUUUUCAAUUACACAGCAAAUGGAAACCGAGUUCUUUUCUGCCUGUACUGAUUGCUCUGUGUGAAAUAAAUGUGUUUUCAGUUUUGCA